AUGUGUCUGCUUUUCUACACAGGCCUGCUAGGCGGCGCUAUCUUACGCCGAGGUCGCGUUCGUACGAAGACGAUCAAAAAGGCGGCGCGGGUGAUCAUCGAAAAAUACUACACCAGGCUUACGCUCGACUUUCACACAAAUAAGCGGAUAUGUGAGGAGAUAGCCAUUAUUCCCAGCAAGAAGCUGAGGAACAAGGUUGCAGGGUUUGUGACCCACCUGAUGAAGCGUAUCCAGCGAGGACCAGUCCGUGGUAUCUCCAUCAAGCUGCAGGAGGAGGAGAGGGAGAGGAGAGACAACUACGUUCCUGAGGUGUCUGCAAUUGACCAGGACAUCAUUGAGGUGGAUCCUGACACCAAGGAGAUGUUGAAGGCUCUGGACUUUGGUAACAUCUCGGGGCUGCAGGUGACACAACCUGUUGGUGUGCCUGGAUUCAGAGCACCCAAGAACCCCUAG